GAGCGCCAGAGGGAGGCCGGUCAGCCGCGGGCGGGCGGGCAGCGCAGCGCCGAGCGGGGCCCGCGGGCCCAUGAGGAGGCCCGGGGACCAUGGGCUCCAGGAUCAAGCAAAAUCCAGAGACCACGUUUGAAGUAUAUGUUGAAGUGGCCUAUCCUAGGACUGGUGGCACUCUUUCAGAUCCUGAGGUGCAGAGGCAAUUCCCGGAGGACUACAAUGACCAGGAAGUUCUACAGACUUUGACCAAGUUUUGUUUCCCCUUCUAUGCGGACAGCCUCACAGUCAGCCAAGUUGGCCAGAACUUCACAUUCGUGCUCACUGACAUUGACAGCAAGCAGAGGUUUGGGUUCUGCCGCUUAUCUUCGGGAGCGAAGAGCUGCUUCUGCAUCUUAAGCUACCUCCCCUGGUUCGAGGUGUUUUAUAAGCUACUUAACAUCUUGGCAGAUUACACGACCAAAAAACAGGAAAGUCAAUGGAAUGAGCUCCUUGAAACCCUGCACAAACUUCCCAUCCCCGACCCAGGAGUGUCUGUUCAUCUCAAUGUGCAUUCUUAUUUUACUGUGCCUGAUACCAGAGAACUUCCCAGCAUACCUGAGAAUAGAAAUCUGACGGAAUAUUUUGUGGCUGUGGAUGUUAACAACAUGUUGCACCUGUACGCCAGCAUGCUCUACGAACGCCGGAUACUCAUCAUUUGCAGCAAACUCAGCACUCUGACUGCCUGCAUCCACGGCUCGGCCGCGAUGCUCUACCCCAUGUACUGGCAGCACGUGUACAUCCCCGUGCUGCCGCCCCAUCUGCUCGACUACUGCUGCGCUCCCAUGCCCUACCUCAUAGGAAUCCAUUUAAGUUUAAUGGAGAAAGUCAGAAGCAUGGCCCUGGACGACGCCGUGGUCCUGAAUGUGGACACCAACACCUUGGAGACCCCCUUCGAUGACCUCCAGAGCCUCCCAAAUGACGUGAUUUCUGCACUGAAGAACAGGCUGAAGAAGGUCUCCACGACCACGGGCGACGGCGUGGCCAGAGCGUUCCUCAAGGCCCAGGCUGCGUUCUUCGGAAGCUACCGGAAUGCUCUGAAAAUCGAGCCCGAGGAGCCCAUCACCUUCUGCGAGGAAGCCUUUGUCUCCCACUAUCGCUCCGGAGCCAUGAGACAGUUCCUGCAGAACGCCACGCAGCUGCAGCUCUUCAAACAGUUCAUUGAUGGCCGUCUGGACCUCCUGAAUUCGGGCGAAGGUUUCAGUGACGUUUUUGAGGAGGAGAUCAACAUGGGCGAGUAUGCAGGCAGUGACAAAGUGUACCAUCAGUGGCUCUCCACUGUCCGGAAAGGAAGCGGGGCCAUCCUGAACACCGUGAAAACCAAGGCCAACCCAGCCAUGAAGACCGUCUACAAGUUCGCAAAAGAUCAUGCAAAAAUGGGAAUAAAAGAGGUGAAAAACCGCUUGAAGCAAAAGGACAUCACAGAGAAUGGCUGUGCACCCUCCACGGAGGAGCAGCUGCCAAAGACUGCACCAUCCCCUCUGGUGGAGGCCAAGGACCCCAGGCUCCGAGAAGACCGCAGACCGAUCACCGUCCACUUCGGACAGCCACAAAGACACCGUCCCACCCGACCGCCGCCUCCCAAGAUCCAGCGCUGGAGGCCCGUGCGCCCGCCCCGUCCACACGUGGUCAGGAGACCGAAGAGCAACAUCCCAGCAGAAGGCCGGAGGACGUCGGUGUCCAGCCCUGAACAACAAAGCCAAGCCUGGAGCAGACAUAGAGCCUGUGCCCAACUGGAAAAGCAAGGACUGCCAAGAAGCCCCCACCCCACCCACAAGGAGCCUCCAAGGAUCCGAAGCAGCUCCCAGGAAGACCUGAGAUCCUGCUGUCUCUCAGCCACCCUGCCCGCCGGGGCGGGGGGAGGGGCUGUUCCCAGGAGUGGCCAGCGCAGGGGGAGUGCGGUCCAGCUGCAAAACCAAGCCUGUGGGGUGCUUGAGGAAGGAGGGGUCCCAUCCUGCAGAUGCCAGUGCCUUCAGGCCCCUCUGAGGGGCCUCACCAGCCCAGACCAGACCCUGCCCCUCCCACACAUCAGGUUGCCAUUUCUCAGGUGGCUGUCACGUGCCCAGCGCUCCCACACGUCAUGUCAUCUUGUCGGUUAACCUCCCACCCGGCCAAGGUCUCGGCAGCCGCACAGGAGCCACAGCCCUGCAGGCGAAGUGAUGUGUGCAAGAUUGGUGCGGGGGAGCAGGCAGGCAGGAAGGAGUGCGCAUGCGGGCGGGGAAGUGUUUAAGCUUUAGAUGUGUGAGUGUGGCUUUGGGCCUCACCCAACCCGAGAGGGAGAGACAUUGGGGCGGCCCAGCCAGGAAGACUUCCUGCUCCCUGCUGUGUCUGCCACGCCACGGCCUCCCACGUCACCUUCAGCGCGUGUGCUACCUCGAGCCCGCCACCACCUGCUCCCUACCAGCCCCGCGGCCUCUUCUCUUGAACUCUGACACCCUAGGCCUGCUCUUCUACUGUUACACUGUCACACCCACACCCACCGCUGUACUUGGGAUGGAAACCCUGUGCCCACGUUGCCUCCCCAACCCCCAUCCUGGCCAGAAAGGCUGCAAUGGCAGGAGCACCAUCUUGCCCCCCAGCAGCCAGGGCCGAGCCUGCAUGGGGGGACCAUCGCCCGGAAUCUGUUUGCUGGCAGGCAGAUGUGGCUUGCCGACGGUACCUGGGUCAGCGCUGGGCACUGUACAAAACCCCUGACAUCUUCAUUUACCUCUCACGAGACCCUCAGGAGGGCUGUGGCAUCCCCCAUCCUCACAGGAGGCUGGAGAGGGAGGGGGCGUCAUGGUGAUUCUGCAAAGCAGGACCUGGCCCCGACCUGGGCCCAUCCUUGCCCAUCAGCUGCCCCCACGGCAGAGCCCCAUCAUGGAGGGACCUGGAGGUGGCCAGGCCUGUGGCAGUGACCGUGCCAUGUGCUGGGGUGAAAGGGUCCUCCACACAGCGGUCGCCCGCUCCCCUUCAUUACUCCCGGAGGCCAAGCCCUGGCUGGGUUUUUCCACACACCCCCCCAUCUUUAUCUCAAGUACAUUUAAAUGUCAAUUAAAUUUGAAAUAUCUACAUUUGUCAGCAUUUCAUUUUGGGCCAGCGUGACGUGCUGCUGAUUUGUCCACGCGAUGUGACACAUGAAAAAAAAAAAAAAAAAAAAACUCUGGAGAUGCAGAUCUUCCUCAUUAAAAACUGAGCCGGCGCGGUCCCGGCGCGAAGGAGAGCACAGAGCUCGUCCCGCUCCCUGACGCCCGUGUCUCUGACAUGGUAUUUAAAAAGGAACAGCCUCGCCUGUCACCACUGUCACACGCGUGCACUACCCAGCGACACGUUAAACCAAACAUUAGACAGGGCUCGCAAGUCAUCCGCACAGGAGCCCCGCGCCCAGACGAGGUGGGCAGAGGUGGCGGCAGCCGUGGGGGGACGGCGGGGUCUGAGCGAUGACGGACAGCGGCCCCUUCUGUCGCCCCCAGACUCCAGCCAUCCUCGCUGGGUAGCCACGCUCGCCACGACCUGCCUUUUCACAGGCAGCCCUUUGUGUGCAGUGAAACCCAGGGAAGUGCUGGGUGGCAGACUGCAGGGUAGUAGCUGAAUUGGGUUAAUGAGGGAAAAGAUACAGUUUUUUUUUUUUUUUUCCUCUUCUCAAAUUCUGCCUUAAGCUAAUAAAAAAUUUAAACCUGGACGUUUUCGACGGUUCAUCCUUUAUCUCUGACAAAUAUCUGACUGUUUUGUGGGAGAGCACGAGCUGCUGAAUUUAAAUAAGUUUAUUUGGAAAUUGCACCUUUCUGUUAAAGAAGUGGAAGGGGGGAACACCCCAUCUCUCCCUUCAUUGUUUCAGCUCCAGGAAGCCAAAGAGGCAGGAUCCCGUGGCCCUGCAGAGUCAGGCAAAGCCAGAGUCAGUUCCUGGCUCCACCUCCAGCUGCUGUGUGACCCCUGGCAAGGGACUCACCCUCUCUGAGCCUGGGCUUUGCUUUUCUGUCUUUUUUGUCUGCAAAGUGGGGAUGUGGAAAGGCAUUAGUGAGAGACUGUACGGGCAGCACUCAGCCCAACGCUUGUGCAGCCAGUGUCAUCGCCGUUGCCCGUGUAGCCAGGCCUGACGCAGCUCCGAGCUGACCGAACCCCAGCAAGUGUCUCACCAUGGCACCCUGUCGCUUCUAAGAGUCAGGUGGCCUGUCAUCCUGGGCCUCUCGUGGAGGCCAGGGGAGCCAGGAACAGGGUUUGGGAGCCGGAGUUCCUA